CGGGUAAGAGGCGGCGGGAGCGCGCGGCCCCGGGAUUGUGGCUGCCGGCGCACCGGGACGCCAGGGCUCUGCGCUCCGGCCGCCGCGGCGCGACCCUGCGUCCCCACGCUCGCCGACUGCGCGGAGGGCCGAGGGCGGGCGCGCGGGCCCCGAGGCCGGCGGCCGGGGAGCCUGAGAGGCUGACGCGCUGCUGCUGUGCCGCCGGCGGACGCUGCUGAGGGGCGGAAGCCGGGCCGGAGGAGGGACCGACCCGAGCCCAGGGUGGCUGGACCGGGAUCAUGGACAGAGACCAGUGCCAGGCGUCGGGCCCUGCCCUGCGGCGGUGGCUGCUGCUGGGGGCCGUGACAGUUGGGCUCCUGGCCCAGAGCGUCCUGGCGGGUGUGAAGAAGUUUGAUGAGCCCUGUGGAGGGAGAGACUGCAGCGGGGGCUGCCAGUGCUACCCUGAGAAAGGAGGGCGGGGUCAGCCCGGGCAAGUGGGCUCCCAGGGAUACACUGGGCCCCCAGGGUUGCAAGGAUUCCCAGGACUGCAGGGCCGCAAAGGUGACAAGGGUGAAAGAGGCUCUCCCGGGACCAUAGGGCCAAAAGGAGAAGUGGGACCAAGAGGCGUUUCUGGAUUCCCUGGUGCUGACGGAAUUCCUGGGCAUCCUGGGCAAGGUGGACCCCGAGGACCACCUGGCUAUGAUGGCUGCAAUGGGACCAGGGGAGAUGCAGGCCCCCAGGGACCCUCUGGCACUGGGGGUGUCCCCGGAUCUCCUGGGCCCCUAGGACCCAAAGGCCAGAAAGGUGAACCUUAUGCACUGUCCAGAGAGGACCGCGACAAAUACAGGGGUGAACCCGGAGAUCCUGGAUUGGUCGGUUUCCAGGGGCCCCCCGGCCGCCCUGGGCCUAUGGGACCGCUGGGUCCACUUGGAGUUCCAGGAAGACCAGGACCACCUGGACCCCCCGGACCCCCCGGACAGCCAGGCAACAGAGGACUAGGUUUUUAUGGAGAAAAGGGUGACAAGGGUGAAGUCGGACUCCCAGGGCCCAAUGGGAUGCCAUCAGACUACCAACCGAUCACCGGGCCCGGAAAGGAUACUAUCCGCCCGGAGCAGUACAAGGGUGAUAAAGGAAGUGACGGGGAAAAAGGAAGAAUGGGCAUUUCCUUGAAGGGAGAAGAAGGAAUCCUGGGCUUCCCAGGACCCCGGGGCCCCCCGGGCAUCUACGGUGACAGAGGUUCACAAGGAGAGAAAGGAAGCAGAGGACCGGAUGGCUAUCCAGGCCCUGCAGGACCCCAGGGACCCAAGGGAGAACUGGGUGAACCAGGCCCCCCUGGCCCCCCUGCCUACUCCCCCCAACCUGCACUAGCUAAAGGUGGCAGAGGUGACCCAGGAUUUCCAGGGGACUAUGGAGACGCAGGAGCUCGGGGUCCACCAGGAGACCCCGGCCCACCAGGCCGCCCUGGCACGUCCAUCAUAGAUGAAGAUGGGACGAGAGGCUUCCCUGGUGAAAUGGGACCCAAAGGCUUCCCAGGAGAACCGGGCAUCCCUGCGCUAUACCCCGGCCCGCCAGGAGCUCCCGGAAAGCCAGGGCCCCCAGGACUCCCAGGGUCCGCCGGACCACCUGGACCAGACGGUUUCCUUACUGGCCUUAAAGGAAGACCAGGAAAGGAGGGCGCUCCUGGGUCCCCCGGUUUCCCUGGGGCUCGCGGACAGAAAGGAUGGAAAGGUGAUUUCGGGGACUGUAAAGUAUGCGCAGGUGAUCAGUUCAUCCCGCCUCUUCCGGGGCUGCCAGGACAGAAGGGCUUACCAGGCUUCGGUGGGGAGCCGGGGAAGAAAGGGAUUCAAGGAGACCCUGGCCAUCACGGCACCCCUGGGUUCCCAGGGUUCAAGGGAAUCCCUGGUGACAUUGGACCUCCUGGACCCAAAGGAAUAAAGGGAGAUUCUAGAACAAUUACCACCAAAGGUGAGAAGGGACAGCCAGGUGUCCCAGGUAUGCCUGGUCUGAAAGGUGAGGACGGCACCCAGGGGCGUGACGGGCUCGAUGGAUUCCCCGGCCUUCCAGGCCCUCCUGGUGAUGGCAUCAAAGGCCCCCCAGGGGACGCAGGCUACCCAGGAGCCCCCGGAACCAAGGGCAUUCCAGGAGAAAGGGGUCCUCCAGGACUGGGCCUGCCAGGCCCCAAAGGCGAGCGUGGCUUCCCUGGAGAUGCCGGAUUACCUGGACAACCAGGCUUCCCCGGACCUCCCGGCCCCCCAGGCCUCCCAGGACAAAUAGACUGUGAUACAGGUGUGAAAAGGCCCAUCGGAGUUGACGGACAGGAAGUCAUCCAGCCAGGCUGUGUCGGAGGACCCAAGGGAUUGCCAGGCCAGCCGGGACCCCCAGGACCCCCAGGUGUCAAAGGCCUCAGAGGGUUACCAGGAUUCUCAGGAGAAGAUGGACCACAAGGACUCAAGGGUCCCCCAGGAGAUCCAGGUCGCGAAGGGUUCCCAGGACCCCCAGGGUUCGUGGGGCCCCGAGGAUCCAAAGGCCCGAUGGGCCUCCCUGGCCCGGAUGGACUCCCAGGUCCCAGCGGCCUCCCUGGACCAGUCGGGCCCCCAGGGGACAAAGGCAUUCCUGGCGAAGUCCUGGGAGCCCAGCCUGGACCCCGGGGGGAUGCCGGGCUGCCCGGACACCCCGGACUGAAAGGCCUUCCUGGAGACAUGGGACCACCCGGAUUCAGGGGAAGCCAAGGGAUGCCAGGAAUGCUGGGCCUGAAGGGCCAGCUAGGCUUCCCAGGGCCUCUGGGAAAACCAGGCCUGUCCGGGCCACCAGGACAGCAUGGCUACCCUGGCACUCCUGGCCAGGAGGGGCCCUUGGGGCUGCCGGGCUCCAUCGGCCAUGAAGGUCUGCCUGGAGAAAGAGGGGACCCAGGUGACGCAGGUGUCCCUGGCCCUUUGGGCAUGAAAGGUGUCCCCGGUGAUAGAGGCGACCCUGGUCUGCUGGGUGAGACGGGUCCUCCAGGAAACCCUGGCUUUAAAGGAAUGGCCGGAAUGCCUGGUACCCCUGGGCAAAAAGGUCUUAGAGGUUCACCUGGGAUGGAUGGUUUCCAAGGCAUGCUUGGGGUACAAGGAAGACCCGGGAUUCCGGGACUCAAAGGAGAGCCUGGAAGGUUUGGCGUUCCAGGGCCAAAGGGCCCGACUGGGGUGCCAGGUGGCAAAGGAGCCCGGGGGGAACAGGGUCCCCCAGGACCGCCUCCCCACAUCGAUACAAAAAUUGAAUUAUUUAAAGGGGACAAAGGGGAUGUUGGACCUAUGGGAAUGAAGGGCUACCUGGGAUUAAAAGGUGUUCCGGGAAUGCCGGGGGUCCCCGGGCUGUCAGGCAUCCCUGGGUUGCCUGGGAAGCCUGGCUACAUCAAAGGAGUCAAAGGAGACAUCGGCGUUCCCGGCAUGCCUGGUAUGCCAGGAUUCCCUGGUGUGCCAGGCUCCCCUGGAAUUACUGGGUUCCCAGGCUUCGUGGGAAGUAGGGGUGACAAGGGUGCUCCAGGGACAGCAGGUCUUUAUGGCGAGAGCGGCCGCACGGGUGAUUUUGGUGAUGUUGGAGACACUAUAAAUUUACCAGGAAGCCCAGGCCUGAAGGGAGAACGGGGUGCCAUUGGAACACCAGGUCUAAAGGGAUACUUUGGAGAGAAAGGAACAGCAGGUGACAUCGGCUUCCCCGGGAUAACAGGCACAGCAGGAGCCCAUGGCUCUCCCGGACUUACUGGGCAACCAGGCUUCCCAGGACUGACAGGCCAGCAGGGACCGCAAGGAGACCCUGGCCGGGCCGGAGUACCCGGCACCAAAGGAGAUUAUGGCUGGCCAGGUGUUCUGGGCUUACCAGGUUCAGCGGGCAGCCGAGGCAUCGGGGGAUUAGACGGCUUGCCAGGCACCAAAGGCUUUCCCGGAUCCCCAGGUGCUGACAUCCACGGAGACCCAGGUUUCCCAGGUCCUGCUGGGGACAGGGGUGAGCCAGGAGAGGCCAACACCCUGCCAGGUCCUAGUGGAGCCCCAGGACAAAAAGGGGAGCGAGGAAUUCCAGGGGAACGAGGCCCAGUUGGGAAUCCAGGGCAACAAGGGUUUCCAGGAUCCACACCCCCUUCCAACAUCUCUGGGUUACCUGGUGACCAAGGGGCCGCGGGGAUAUUUGGCCUGAAAGGUUAUCCAGGCCCCCCGGGGCCACCGGGGCCUGCUGCUUUUCCCGGAAGCAAAGGCGAAGAGGGGAGCCCUGGAGCUCCAGGAAACCCAGGGACCAAAGGAUGGGGUGGGGACCCCGGGCCCCAGGGCCGGCCUGGCGUGCUCGGUCUCCCAGGAGAAAAAGGGUCCAGAGGUGAGCAAGGAUUCAUGGGCAACAUAGGAAUCACCGGAAGUGUGGGCGACCGAGGCCCAAAGGGACCCAAAGGAGACCGAGGACUCCCAGGCACCCCCGGUCCUUCGGGAUCCCCGGGGAUUGCAGGAUUCCCCCCGCAGAUGACUAUCCAGCCAGGACCAGUGGGUCCGCAGGGAAGAAGAGGCCCCCCGGGGAUGCAGGGAGAGAUGGGACCCCAGGGUCCCCCAGGAGAACCAGGCUUCCGCGGGGCUCCAGGGAAGGCAGGGCCCCAGGGAAGAGGCGGUGUGUCUGCCAACCCCGGAUUCCGAGGAGACCUGGGGCCCAUGGGGCACCAGGGGCCACUUGGCCAGGAAGGGGAGCCAGGCCGCCCCGGGACCCCUGGCCUGCCCGGCAUGCCCGGCCGCAGCGUCGGCAUCGGCUACCUCCUGGUGAAACACAGCCAGACAGACCAGGAGCCCAUGUGCCCAGUGGGCAUGAACAAGCUCUGGAGUGGAUACAGCCUGCUGUACUUUGAAGGCCAAGAGAAAGCCCACAACCAGGACCUGGGGCUGGCGGGCUCCUGCCUGGCUCGGUUCAGCACCAUGCCCUUCCUGUACUGCAACCCUGGGGACGUCUGCUACUACGCCAGCCGCAAUGACAAGUCCUACUGGCUGUCCACCACCGCCCCGCUGCCGAUGAUGCCCGUGGCCGAGGACGAAAUCAAGCCCUACAUCAGCCGCUGCUCCGUGUGCGAGGCCCCGGCCGUCGCCAUCGCCGUCCACAGCCAGGACGUCUCCAUCCCCCACUGCCCGGUCGGGUGGCGGAGCUUGUGGAUCGGAUACUCCUUCCUCAUGCACACAGCCGCAGGCGACGAAGGCGGUGGCCAGUCGCUGGUGUCGCCAGGCAGCUGUCUGGAGGACUUCCGUGCCACGCCUUUCAUCGAGUGCAAUGGAGGCCGUGGCACCUGCCACUACUUUGCCAACAAGUACAGCUUCUGGCUCACCACCAUCCCCGAGCAGAACUUCCAAGGCUCGCCCUCCGCCGACACGCUCAAGGCGGGGCUCAUCCGGACGCACAUCAGCCGCUGCCAGGUGUGCAUGAAGAACCUGUGAUGGAUGCGCCGGGUUCGCAGGCGCCGCCCCACCCGGAGGCGCCUCUCUGCAGGUUGACAUUCAGCUGGGGCCACGUUGGUGCUUAUUCUUAAUUUAUUACCUCAGGUGCUGACCCAAAAGUUGAUUUCAGUUUUUUUCUGUAAAAACUAACAAACAAAGGUCACCAAAGGAAUUCAGCACCAGUGCUUAUAUCAAAUAGCCACUUGUCAUCCGUUCAUAGGUGCUAGCCACUGUCUCCACUCUGCGGAGUGAAGCCCUCCUCCGACACUGCGACCCUCCGAAAUGGAAAACCAGUAACAGCCCCGCACUCCCUGUCAGGCCACACUAGACUAUUAUGCGCUACGUGUAACUAACUUCUUAAUAUGUACCUCUGUAGUCACCGCGCUUUCAAACUCCCACUCAUCUAACUCACUUAAUGGGGUGGUAUAGACAAAUGAAGCCAUACAGCCCGAGGGCUCCUGAACUCAUUGCCACUGUUCCCACAUGAGGGUCUCCCCGGGGAUGGACCCGACCCUGCCCACUAAGCCAACGGGAUGACUCAAUGACAGCAUGAUCUUCUCCCAAAUACUGUUGGUGUGAAUUAAGACACUGAUAGUCACACACCAGCUGUCGUUCUUCCCACCACAGCCUUACAGGUCACUGGGUUUGGCAAAACUCACAUAGAAACAAAGACCUUCUCACUGUCUGUUGUCAGCCAGGCAACUUGACGGCAAACUCAGAACAGUCAGAAGUGAUGUUUCCACUGCCCCCUGGCCCCCCUGGAGAUGGACCCUCCAUUUUUUGUACAAUGUCCUCUAUCAUGAACGUAAAAUAAAAAGUCAGUUUUUGAACAUUGUUAUA